AUGCAUUUUAUCUUCCUGGCACUCGCAACUCUAGCCACUGCAUCUUCAGAUGUUAAAGGACCACUAACCGAUGAUUUUCCAGCUUGGCUAGCUCAACACGGUUAUGAUUCCUAUGACUUUGUUCGUGCUGACUAUGAAACUCAAGGAAGCUAUGGAGGGAAAACAGCUAAUGCCCCGAAAGCUGUCAACCCGCCAGUUGUGUUCAUCCAUGGAAAUUCUGACGCUGCACUUCAUAGAAGUUCUUCUGUAACUGGAUGGUCGAAUUCUAUACAGUACUUCCUGGAGCAAGGAUAUACAACUGCAGAGCUCCAUGCCACUUCUUGGCAGGACACAAACGCCAUUAACGCUCAGACGAGAACUCGUGACUGCAAAUAUUUGGUUCGGCUUCGCAAGUUCCUAGAAGCGGUUUUGGCUUACACCGGAGCUCCCAAAAUCUCAGUUGUCGGUCACAGCAUGGGUGUUACGUUUACAAGAGGUAUCAUCAAAGGAGGUUCUCAUAGUGCGAAAGAUGGAAAAUGUGAUUUGGGUGCUCCCCUGAACAAAAAAGUGGAACAUGGAAACUCGUGUGGUCUGAACACACUGGAUUGCGGAUUGAACCCUCUUCCUUGGCCAUGCAGUGGAGUCGCAUACUCGUCCUAUUUUAUAAAACUCAAUGCGGAUAAAACUGCGGAGGGAGACAAUGUCUUCAGCAUGUGGAGUCUUGCUGACAACCUAAUCCUAUACGAAACCAUGGUAUGGGGACGUUCCACAUGCCACAUCCCGACUUCUACAGGAAAAAUCGUAUAUCCUGCGUACACUCACAUGCAGACCAAGGAAUUCACUUUCAAGGAUCAGUACCAGAUGAUCAAGUUCCAUACUAUACCAUAA